AUGCCCGAGAAAAGUCUAGACUUGCAACACUUGCUUGAUAUGGAUAAGGGACUUGUGGAGACAGACGGAAUUCAGAAUAAGUUGAGAAAUUUGAAGGAGACAGUCCACGGACAAGAGGAAAGACUGAGGAAAUCCGAACGACAGAAGGAUAUAGUUCACGAAAAGAUUACCAGCUUGCAAGAGCAGCUCAGCAUGCGUGACUUUAUUCAACAACACAGUGGGUUAAAAGAGAGGCUCGCCAUGCAUGAAAGACUACUAGAGAUUGCGGACCAACAAAUAAAUACACAGCAAGAGCUCAUAAAACACUUGUUUGACGCGCAAAUCUCAACUUCACGACAACUUGCCCAUAUUAAACAAAAGCUUCCGCAACAACCUGAACAAUGUGUGCAACAGCCACAAGUGGAAGAGCUCGAGGGGCAGCAGUCUAAUCCGGGUGGAGUCAACAAAAGUACAGAUGCUUCUGAUUAUGUCCUUGUCUCGGAAGAUGAAGUCACCACCAUUUGA